AUGGAGCUUACGCAGUCGAAAAAGGCGCCGCUUUCAGUGGACAUCUCCCCCAGAUUCUGUGCACCAAAAGUCGACUUUUUUCCACAAUAUACUAACCUAUUCAUACCGGAGCUCACGCACAUCAAGGACCUUACUCUCCACAUCAACAGCGAUGAUCCCAGUUGCCUAGUUGACUUGAUCAGGUCCCCUAUGCCAACUCUGGAAUACUGUAACUUCUACAUCAAUAACUUCUCCUCAUUCCCAAACCUCAUCUUCUUGAAGUUGACCAAUUGGAGGAAUGGGCGUAUGACCUUUGAAGCUCUCGCAAAGGGCAUUAAGCAGUUAUCCCUUCUGCAAAUGCUGAGCCUGUCACAUGUCUUCACAUAUACCCAUGUCUCAAACAAUGUAAUGGGAUCCAUUGCCGAUGACUCGAUCGAUCUCCCUUGUCUACAGAACCUCAUCUUUCAUGGUCGAGCACUUGAGUGUGCACGAUUUCUUACAGCACUCCAGUUGGAAACUCUAAAUAGGUCCGCACUACACUUGGAGGCUGAAAUCGAAGCACCAGUUCAUGUGGAAGACAUCAUCCUGGUGGUCUCUUCUGCAGCGCCCUACAUAUCAGGCAAGCGGACAGGAGUCAUUGUGGUGAAACUUGCAUUUGAUCAAACGAUUUGGGGUGUCCACAUCACUUUGUGGAAUGAAGAAGAGUAUAUCCAUGGCCACGGGAUUACCAUCUCUCUCAAUGGAGUGUGGGGAGUCGAUUUUGAAUCUCUCUUUACAGUAAUAUAUCCAAAACUUCGAAUAAUUCCCAAUUUGACAAUGACACUACUGGGUAUACGCUCGUACAGAACCUCGGAGUUCAUUAACACUCUUGCUGCCGGUGUAACAAUAGAAUGGGUAGAUGAGGAGGAAGAAGAAGAAGAGCUAUAG